AUGAAAUGUCUCAGAGACGUGGAAACACCUUGCCUAUCUUUUGCCUACAACGUACAGGAUCAAAAAUGUUAUCUGUAUAGCCGUGUACUACUAGAAAACGACUAUGUGAUAUCAAGUGGAAUUGUGACAUAUGUUCCAGUAUUUGAUGAUAUCGAGAAAAACAAACCAACAGCCCAGAGUGAAAUUUAUCAACAAAAUGACGAGGAAUAUGGUUCACAUAGAGCUGUAGAUGGAGACCCCAAUACCUCUAUGAGGUCAAGUCGAAAGCGUCCUAUAUGGUGGUGCGUGGACUUAGUCAAGAUACAUUCCAUGCGCUUGAUUCAAAUUAUCACUACUAAAAGUCAUUCUGAUCGGAUGGAAGGGUUUGGUUUGAGUUUUGGGAUGACUGGAAACUGUGAUGAAGCUGGUCUCGCUGAGUCUAUUGAGUGUUAUCGUGAUAUUGGUACCAAUCAGCCACAUUUCGAUAUAACCAAAUGUACAUCAGGUACAACCCCGGCUGAGAUGAGAGCCCGGUUUAUCUUCAUUCGUCAUCAUAAGGCUUUUCGGGAAAUGGCUAAAAUAUUGCUCCAGCCAAUUCAUGAAAUAGCUAAAAUCAAAAUUCUUAGGGAAGAGCAUGAGAAUCAGUUUUGUACAUUAUUUAAACAACAAGAAUAA